GGCGACGGGUUCUUUGUCGUUUUGCACCAGAAGUCUGUUCCUUCUCAGAAAUUGCGAUACUUUUGUACUCAAGGUGAUUCACACACUGUUCAUGUUCUUGUGAUGUUGAAAGAAUGUCUCAGCUUUCUUGCACCCUGUGAUGGACAAAUCUUGAGUGUUGGUCCGGCCGGGGCUUGAACCCUCGACCUCCCGCACUACAGUCCAGCGCUUAACCAAAGAAGGAGUCUGUAAAAGGAAUCCUUCUUGAUGUUGGUGCCUCGAGUAUACGAUUCGACAAUCCAGAUAGAGGAUUUUUAUUUUACAAAGAUGGUCCUCUAGAUACAAGAGGUUGCUGAUGACAGCAGCUGAUGUGGUGAAUUCUAUCAACGAGACAGAACUUACAGCUGUAUUGAGACAGUAUGGACAAGAAAAGGAAGCUGUUCGCAUUUCAAGAGCAAUCGCCAAAGCCCGGUCAAAGAUGCCGUCACUUUUCACAAGACAGUUAGCAGCCAUUGUGACUGCUGCUGUGCGUCACAGCCGAUCGGACAGAUUUGCCCGACCCAUCCACCCAGCAACGAGAACGUUUCCAGCUUUGCGCAUACUCGUAAACGAUGAGCUAAAUGAACUUCAGUGCGUCCUAAAAGCAGCGCAUAAACUUCUUCGUCCCCGUGGGCGGCUGGUGGUCAUUUCAUUUCAUGCUUUAGAAGACUCCCUUGUAAGACGUUUCUUUAAAGAUGCGAAUUCUGAAGUCAGUUACAUGCGAUCCAGGACAAACGUGGCGGGCAAAGCGAAAAAAAGCUGGUUACCGCCUCACAAGAAAGUUAUUUACCCCACCGGAGAGGAAGUUUAUCUCAAUCCUCGAUCACGAUCAGCUAAAUUACGAGCGGCAGUAAAAGUGGAUAAUUUAGUUAUGGACUUAACUGAAUUCACCAGCUGGUUAGACUAGAAUUCGAGAGAACCGUUUUACAACAGUUCAACGCCAAUCUGAACAUCUUUAGAACAUUAAAAAUGGGAAACAGUUA